AGAUCGCUUGUCAAUCAAACUGCCGGGUCAAGAGUCAAUUAGGCAUACUAGACACUUCCAGGCAGGUGUGUUGAGGCAAGUUGGAGCUAAACUCUGCAGGACAGUGGCCCUCCAGGACCGAGUUUGUAGACCCCUGCUCUAAAUCCUAAAUACUUCAUGUAAAGUUAAAAAUUGUGAACUUUAAAUAUUCCUUAGGACCAUAGUUGGCUAACGAUGCUUUUGGGAAACGUACCACUGAAUGGCAAGCUAUCGUUACUUUCAGCGAUAUCCGUUUAAAAAAAAAGCAAGGUUCAUGAAGUAUUUCUUGCAUAGUAACCAUAAUUUAAACUGUGGUAUUUCAGUUAAGACCAUAGUAAAGUAACAAAUAGAUGGCUCCUCAUUACUAUGUUGAGAUCUUCAACUAUACUAACCAAACUAUGAUACUUGCUAUGAAAACCUAACUGAAAUUUGAUCUCCCUAUAUGAAUCAUCAAUGUUACCACCAUAAGCAUUCAGUUCUACUAUAGUAAAUUUUCAUAAGGGUCAAAGAUUUGUUGCACUUCUAUAAAAUAUAAUAUCAGUAUUCUAUUCAUUUUAGUGAAUAUAUUGCUUCUGUACUCACCGGCUCACAGCUAUCCUUCAUAAAAGCUCUCAUUGUGAGCACUGACGUGCACUAUGAGGGUUUCUUACAUGUUUGUCUGUGUUUGUGCAGGAUAGGGGGCUGGGUGGAUGCUGCCACCAGCACAUGUUCAGAUGCCAACUGACUGUCAGCUGUCAGAUACAGAGAACUGAAAUCAUCUCCAUGCAAACACGCACAAAUCUGAGAAUUAAAUAUUCAGUGCAGUCUCAUGUGUAUAGCUGUACAGCUCUGAAAUACUCUCUUUAAAAUGAGUUAAUCAAGCCUCACUAAGUCAAGAGGCAGAGAUAUUGCGUGACCAUGUGCGCUUAUUAAAUGUCGUGUCAUCUGAAUCAGAGAGGACGUGACCAGCAUGCAAAACAAACAUACACAUGCACAGCUGCAGUGCUCUUAAUAAGGGCCAUGUUGUUGGUUCAACAGAUACUGCCAUAGGCUAAAAAGCAUAUGCCCCCUCCAACAAGAUUUAUGAUUAAAUAUGCUUCCUAAAUUGUUAAAUAUAUAGGUCUACUAAAUAAUCAUUGUAGACUAUUUUAGUCACACAAAUGGAAGAAUGUGGGAAUUAUGCAUUAAAAAAACAUUUACGUCAAAACUCUUUUUUUUUUUGUGUUCUUUUGAUGUAUGAUGGACACUUUUGACAGCUUUUCAGUCCAACUCAUCUAUUAUAGGCCUAUAUAUAAUAAUAAUCCCUGAUAGCACACGUACAUCUCAGAGACGUCUAUUUGAUAUGCGUGUUUACGUCUGGAAGACGUAGGAUUUUUUAGAGUGUUUGCUCAUCUGCAAUACGGCUUCCUGUCAGAUGUCAAAUAGACGUUUAGAAAAUGUCUUUCAGAUGUUUAUGAUUUAUAAUGUAUGUAAAACUGACAUCUUAAAUACGUCUAUCAGAUGAAGUGAUCUUUAACAGACAUCUUGCAGACGUACAUGUGCUAUCUGGGAUAAGAAUAACAAUAGCAUGUUACUAGCAUGAUUUAACGUGUUUUGCAUGCCUUGGCACAUUGCUAGCAUGAAUUAACAUGUUGCUAGCAAGUUUUAGCACGUUGCUAGCAUGAUUUUAUCAUACUGCUAGUAUGUUUUAGCACAUUGCUAACAUGAUUUAGCAUGCUGUCAGAAUUAUUUACAUUGCAAACAUGAAUUACCAUGUUGCAAGUGUUUUAACAUCUUGCUAGCAUGAAUUAGCAUGUUGCUAGCAUGUUUUAACACAUUGUUACCAUGUCCUAAGCUAGUUGCUUGGUUUUGCUUGUGAUAGAUACUUGGUGGAUGAGUUAUUGUAUAAAAGUUUUGACCCCCUCAAUGAAAGUCUAUUAGAUUUUUCAUAGAUUUGAUCAUCCGUUUAACGAAAACAUAGUCCAAUCAGUUAGAAAAGAUAUAGCAACCCAGUCUGAAUUGACCCGAGUUUGGUGGUUGUAGCUUUAAAGCUACUGACUAAAUUUAGUAAGAAGAAGCUUAAAUAGGAUUUCAAUAUGUUGGCUUGACAAAAAUCAUAGGAAAUAUAAGUUCACAUGUUUUAAUUUGUGACUGUACAUUUUUUUGUAGUGCAUUGUAUUUCACUAUAUCUGGGCCAUUUGAAAAAUCUAAUCAAAAGCAUGUGAUGUUCUGAUCUAGUCACUGCUUUUCUGCUCACUUUAAUUCUCUCUUUCUUACUUCUCUCUCUCACACACUCUCUCUUUCUCUCUCUCCUUCCUCCUCCACUGCACAGCUGUACUACAGCAGACACACAUAUUCUCUCCGUUUCUCUAUUAACAUUGUGCUUCCUCAGUUUUCCACUCAAUGUUUUUGUCGCUCCAAUUUUUAUGCGCUGAAGGCUAUACUCAUCAUCCUUCUACAGAUUAUUCUUCUCAUUCACCCUCUUCAUUCUGCAUCUCCAUACUCCAUCCUUUUUAAUUAUUUUUUCUCUCUUUCCAUUUGUGCUCGUCCUUUCCCAUCCCUUCAUCUCUUCCCUCCUUCUUGUCUUCAUCCUGGUCUCAUCUCCACUUCACUGCUUGUUAUUUUUUCUUCUGCUCUUUCUCCAAUGGAGGCUGAGGCACUUUACAGUUUCAGAGCGAGUGAAUGUGAUGAGCUCAGUUUCCAGAAGGGUGACAUCCUGAAGGUGACAAACAUGGACGACGAUCCAAACUGGUACACAGCUGAGCUGUUGGGUAGGCGGGGCUAUGUACCGAAGAACUAUAUCAAUGUAAGACCUCACGCGUGGUUUGUGGGUGGAAUAUCACGGCAGGCUGCAGAGAACCGUCUGAGACCGCUGGAGUGUGGAGCGUUUCUCAUUAGGGAGAGUGAGAGCACACCAGGAGAGUUCUCUGUGUCUGUCAGUUACGGGGACCAUGUGCAGCACUUUAGGGUUUUGAAAGAUGGAUUAGGGCAGUACUUCAUAUGGGAUGAAGUCUUCAGCUCCCUUAACCAGCUGGUGGACUUCUACAAAAUCAACAGCAUUGCCAAAGAGAGGACCGUCUUCCUGCAAGAGCCUGAGGGUUCAUUAGCUAGGCCACGUCAUGCCCAUGCCCUCUUUGACUUCACAUCUCAUCAUGCGACUCAUCUCCGUUUCUUGCGCGGUGAUGUCAUUGACCUGCUGGACUGUUCGGAUGCCCAGUGCUGGAGGGGGCGGUGCCGUGGAAGAGUAGGCGUGUUCCCACCAGAGUAUGUGCAGCCAAUUUACCACUGAACUUCAAAUAUGCGUGUCAAUCUCCUGAACAGCUAAAUUCGCCUGAAUGAGAGCCUGAGACUUAUUCAUCAAUUACACAUUCUCUUCAUAAAUCCAAAGGUGAACUAAGCCUUAUGCAUCAAUAUUUGGUGUAUCAGGCGAUUAAGGUUUGAAUGAAACCUUAUGUGUCACGGUCAGCAUUUGCCCAUCAAUCUCUUUGUUAAUCAUUUUCAGCAAAACAGGACGCAAUUCUUAACUUGUCAACAAACCAGUUUUGUAACACCCUUAAGGAUCAUAACAGUUGACUAUUGAGUGACAUUUACUCCCUGAUCAGCCAUUAUAUGAGCUUCCUGUCUAUUCUUCUUUCAAAUACUUUCAAGUCCUUUCAAAUGGAGGAAAUUGGAGUAUUGAUUUGGUAUAUAUAUAUAUUUUGCACUUAAUUAAUGUUUUAAAUUGACAUACUUACUAAAAAGCACAUUGUCUUUGUCAUUUUUUCACACCUACUAUAUAUUCCCUCAUUUAAAGUAAACAUUCAUAAUAAAGUUCUACAUACUUGGAAGAUCUGAUAAUGAUUUUCUUUGUUUUCUUCUUUUUUAUUUCCUUAGCAGAAACAUACUUUUGAAGUUUACUAAUGACCCUUUUUGUGAUUUAAAUGAUUCAAUCUCAGAUUAUUAUUCAGAGACAACUUUAAAUCAUUUGCAUGUUGACUCUUUGUAAACACUGUGGCUUUAUGGUGCUAUAAAAACAUUUGCUCGACCAAUGGCGUGAGUCUAGGGUGGGGCUAUCACAUUGUUCAGCCAAUGGCAGAUUGUGGGAGUGUCUGGGAUGCCUGUUGUAUUUAUUUUUGCAAUUCUGUUUAGUGUCACAAAAAAUACACACUUUAACAAUAAAUAAACAAAUAAUAGAUUUUUUUUUUUACUGUAAUGUUGAAAUAUUUGAGUUUAGACCACAAAAUUACUCAUUUCCAAAACCAUAAUUUGAGAAAUCAUUGAUAAAAUGAACAAAAAUAUAUUUAUGUUGUUAAAUAGGUGAAUGAUUGAACUAAUUCUGUACUAAAAAAGAUAUUUUAAAGAAUGUCACCAACCAUAAAGUUGACGGGCCCCAUUGACUUUCAUAGUAUGGGGAAAAAAUGCCUAUCAACUUUUUGUGAUCAGCAGAAGAAAGAAAUUCAUACAGGUUUGAAAUAAAUUGAGGGUGAGUAAAUGAUGACAGAAGUUUCAUUUUUUGGUGAACCAUCCCUUUAAGAGAGGGUUAUUUGAUUGUUAUCAUUCAUAUGUCUGUUCAGGAAGACCUCUGACUGAUGUUCUAAUGGAAAACAAAACAUAUCCACCCAUGCCAUGUGAAAACAUUUGGGAAUCUAUGCUGUUAAUGUGAUGACCAUAAAAAUAAGCAAUAAUAAGCUAAUUUUAUUUUCAGAGUGACGUAAUUUAAGCAAUUCUUUCCUCUGCUGAUCAGUUUAUUUAUUACAAGAAAUGUAAUUUCAUUGAAAUGAAAGGUUAAACAGUUGUUUUUCUCUUUAAGUCGCAACUGCUGUUCAAUGAUAUGCAAAAUAUACAGUAUAUAUCAGCAAGCUUUGCUGCAAUGCUAACAGUCUGACAUGUACUGUGAUAAAAUAUGAGUCAGUCAAACUGCUGACUCAUCUUCACACCUAUUAACAUAAAUUGCCUGCACGCAUUUAAUACAUGAUAGACAUUUUAACUGUACAAGUUUUGUAGAAAUAUAGCAAUCAGGUGUAAUAUUGCGUAAACAAUGUAAGGAUGUAUUUUACGACCAGAUAUUGUCUCUCUGAACUUUCAACUCAAGGGGAAAAAUAAACUUUU